UAAGAAGACACUUAGAGGGACUUGACUCUCCUCUUCGUGUACUCCACCGCUCUGCCGAAUCUCUCCUUCUGCUCCUCUUUUUCUCUGUGAAUCCUUCCCUUUCAGUGGGAAUAAAAACAGCCUUGGCGAUGUCUUCGAGAAGUUUCAUCUCCAGUGGUGGAGGCUCCAGGAUGAGCAUUGGUGGCUAUGGAGGCAGUAGUGGUGGCGGUGGUGGUAGUGCUGGAGCUGGCGGUGGCCGAUCAUACUCCUCAAGAUCGAUGAUAACCAAAUCAUCCCAAAGGAUGUCGGGCGGGAGUCUUCGUGCUGGAGGUGGUGGAGGUGGUGGUUUCGGAAGUGGAGGUGGUGGUUUCGGAGGUGGAAGUGGUUUUGGUAGUGGAGGAGGUUUUGGUAGUGGUGGCGGCGGCGGUGGCGGGUUUGGUGGAGGCAGCUAUAUCGGCUACGGUUUUGGCAGUGGUGGUGGUGGUGGAGGUGGUGGAGGCAUGGGAGGAACCAUCUCAAACGUCCAGGUUAAUUCAAACUUGCUGGCCCCUAUGCAAAUCUCCAUCGACCCCAACAUCCAGACUGUCCGAACCCAAGAGAAAGAAGAGAUCAAGACUCUAAACAACCGCUUCGCCAGCUUCAUUGACAAGGUCCGCUUUCUGGAGCAGCAGAACAAGAUGCUGGAGACCAAGUGGAGCCUGCUGCAAGAGCAGACCACCACCCGCUCCAACAUUGACGCCAUGUUUGAGGCCUACAUCGCCAACCUGCGCAGGCAGCUGGAUGGGCUCGGCAACGAGAAGAUGAAGCUGGAGGGAGAGCUGAGGAACAUGCAGGGCAUGGUGGAGGACUUCAAAAACAAAUAUGAAGAUGAAAUCAACAAGCGUGCCAGCGUGGAGAAUGAGUUUGUUCUCCUUAAGAAGGAUGUAGAUGGUGCCUACAUGAACAAGGUUGAGCUGGAAGCUAAGGUUGACUCUUUGCAGGAUGAGAUUAACUUCCUCAGAGCUGUCUACGAGGCGGAACUGCGUGAGCUCCAGGGACAGAUCAAGGACACCUCAGUCGUCGUGGAGAUGGACAACACCCGCCACCUGGACAUGGACUCCAUUGUGGCUGAAGUCAAGGCUCAGUAUGAGGCCGUCGCUAAUGCCAACCGUAAAGAGACCGAACAGUGGUAUCAUCAGAAGUACCAGGAGAUGGAGUUGAAUGCAGGGCAAGCCGGAGAUGACCUCCGCACCUCCAAGACUGAGAUCGCUGAGCUCAACCGCAUGAUUAGCCGCCUGCAGAAUGAGAUUGAGUCUGUCAAGGGACAGCGCUCCAACCUGGAGGCCCAGAUUGCUGAGGCCGAGGAGCGCGGUGAGCUGGCAGUAAAGGACGCCAAGGCCCGCAUCAGGGAUCUGGAAGAAGCCCUGCAGAGAGCCAAGCAGGACAUGACCCGCCAGGUCCGCGAGUACCAGGACCUGAUGAACAUCAAGCUGGCUCUGGACAUUGAGAUCGCCACAUACAGGAAACUGCUGGAGGGAGAGGAGGACAGAAUCACCUCUGGCGGUGGAUCUGCAACAAUCCACAUACAGAGCUCCAGUUCUGGCGGUGGAGGCGGCGGCGGCUAUGGCGGCGGCUAUGGCAGCGGCGGCGGAGGCGGCUAUGGCAGCGGUGGCGGCGGAGGCGGCUAUGGCAGCGGCUUCGGCGGCGGAAGCUUUGGUGGCGGCAGCAGUAUGAGCGGUGGCGGCAGCUACGGUGGCGGCAGCAGUAUGAGCGGUGGCGGCAGCUUUAGCAAGAGCGGCGGCGGUGGUGGAGUCGGCGGCUUUAGCAAGAGCGGCGGCGGUGGUGGAGUCGGCAUCAUAUCGAAAAUGAGCAGCUCUAGCACGUCAACACGUCGUUACUAAAAACAGCAGUCUCUCUCUCUUCAUUCCUCCUCUUCUGCCCUUAUUUAGUUCUCCUCCUCAUGUUCCACCCCCCCUCUCCCUGACAACCAAUCAUAAAAGCCUGCAAAUAUCCCUGACACCUCACUCCCUGGACACACGGCAGUCUCAGAAACAGACACAUUUGACCAUUGGCAAGCAGGUAGAUCCAUGUAACUUUGUUGCUCCACCCUCUGGCACCACUUACUUGCAGAGAGUUCAAGGCAGAGUAAUUAGUUUACCAAAAACCGAGCAGCAGAAAUUGAAGUCAGCCCUGUCUUUGUUAGAUCGGUCAGCCCAACUUUCUUUUGGUUGCUGGAUAUGCUGUCAUGCAGACAAGAGGAUACUUGUAGUGCCAUGACAGAGAAUCCUGAAAAGGCACUCAAAAUGCUAACGGCAGUUCUUAGAUUUGCACAGAAGGAGGUCCGGAUAGUGACGUUUUUACAUUUAUGAACAUAUGGCAUAACCCCUCUUUCUUGGAAAGUCUCUUCUGUCUCUUUUUGUUGUGCAUUUUGAUAUCCCCAUCAUAAGAAGCCAUAUACAACCAUCUCAUAUCUUUCUGUGGGAAGUAGUUUUCCUUCUCCUGUUCUCAGAGAAAAAAACUUUAAUUUCCACUCUUAAAUGAUAAAAGAAACUUGGAUUGGCCUGAUUGGGAAAACCAGAUUGUGUAACAUCAAAACGUCUGCAAUAAACCUGACUUCAUAUUCA